UACCUGGCUUUUGAGCCAACUUUUUUGUCGUACUAUGAGUGUGACCUUUUUGACAACUUUCUUGCAUAAUCAGACACUGGUAUGCAUUGAACUGCAUUUUUUUCUCAAAAAGGAUGUGAACAAGAAAUGAAUGAUAUUUGGAGACACUAGUUGUGUAGUUUUAUUCCUUAGACUGAUACCUAAUUUUGUUGAUAUAACCUGAAUAUAUUUUGUAUUUACACCUAUGAUAACGUCAACUUAAGAUAGAGAAAUUUAGUAUAUUAUCAGUACUGCAUGUUAUCAUAGACGUUUAACGCUGAAAGUUGAUUUACUUAAGGGAUAUUAACACUGUGUGCCAAAAAGAUCUAUCUGGCGAACUUCCAGUCCCUGGUGAACGUCCAUAUGCUUUGACAUCGACGUCAUAAAGGCUUAAUUGUUAGAAGAUAUACCGUAAACAAAUGGUAUAUGUCUUCUGUACAUAAUGGCACAUCUAGUGGUGGUUGAUUUGUGCCAACUUCCCCUUUCCACUUUGCGCGGGCAGAAAUCAGCCAUCAUAUGAGCAGCGCCAUGAGAAAACCAACAUAGUGGCUUUGCGACUAGCAUGGAUCCAGACCAGCCUGCACAUCCGCUCAGUCUGGUCAGGAUCCAUACUGUUCGCUUUCAAAGCCAAUUACAUUUAGCGAAACCGUUAGCGAACAGUCUGGAUAUAUGCUGGUCGCAAAACCACUAUGUUGGCUUUCUCAUAGUGCGGCUCAUAUAAUAGAUAUCAAAGAACUAUAUAUUGUACGUUUCCAUCUGCCUCGUCACUAUUGUAAAGGCCCUUAUGAAAGUAAUGGACUUAUCUUCAAAGUAUUGUAUCAUUCUUGGUUGCGGUUAGUGGUAUUUGAAACAAAAAAUACCUAUAAUUUAUAUACAUAUAUCACAAUAAGGUGACUCAGUUGGGACAGUGACAGCAACAGAACAGAUGCUGAUUUGGAUGAAGCAAACAAUCAAAUAACUUACAGUCUUUCAGGAACAAAUUUUGAGGAUUUUGUUAUGAGUACCACCGUGCCUGGACAGAUCAACACUGCUACAACGCCAUUUACGUCAACGUUAUAUACACUGAAUGUAACAGCUUCGGAUGGAGCAAAUUCGAACACUUUAAAUUCUAUAACUAUCAUCGUUAAAUCGGACCCGGAAUGGACGGCUCCAGCAAGCCCCGGGAUUGAAAUUGAUGUACUUGAAGGGUCAACAUCGAACGUGUCUCUUCUGCAGUCGUCAGACAAAGAUGGGGAUACACCUGAAAACACUAUAGUUAGUCAGUCUCCGACAAGUCCGGGCACUUUCACACUCGAUGAUACAACGAAAGGACAAAUAAACGCCGCUGGGUUAGAUGUUGAUGCUAAGCCGCAUGUCACUAGAUAUACAUUAAAUUUAAGGUUAUCUGAUGGUACAACAGAAGUUAACAGCAGUGUAGUCCUCAAUAUUCAAGAUGUGAAUGACAACGAUCCAGUGUUCAACCCAACAUCAUACACUUUCGACGUGAAAGAUACAAGCCCUAUAGACACAGUGAUUGGCGCAGUGACGGCAACCGACGAAGACUAUACAGCUUCAGUGACAUAUUCUUUGUCAGGGACAGGCUAUACUGAUUUUGAAAUAGAUGAUUCUACAGGUGAUAUAACUUUAAAAGCACAACUGAACUAUACUAUAACCCCGUCCUAUUCACUCAAUGCCACAGCUAGCGACGGAACAAAGUCUCAAACGCCAUCUGUUACAGUCAACGUCAAAACAGCACCAACAUGGGCCAAGCCGGCCAGCGCAGAUAGUGUGUCUAAAGCCGAAAAUGUUAACUCAGCUGAAGUAUUCUAUACCAUAUCAGCUACAGAUGCCGAUAGCGACACUCUCACUUACAGUAUCAAAACUCAAACAGUUUCGGACUUCUUCAAACUUGGAAGCGCAUCCGGCAGAGAUGUAUUGCUAAACACAAGCAAGGAAUUGGAUUAUGAAAUCACCCAGCAAUACAAACUGACGUUUGAGGUGAAAGACGGAACAUAUGACCCGAUUGAAAGUGCACAGCUUGUGAUAACGGUAACUGACGUAAAUGACAACACGCCCACCUUCACACUAGCAGACAUAAACGUUAUAGUGAAAGAUACUCAUUCCGUCGGAGAUACGAUCAAAACAUUAACAGCCACUGAUGCUGACAGUUCUCUGGACGACAACAAUGUCCUGACAUACAGUAUUUAUUCUGGAAACGAUGAUGGUGAUUUUGCAAUUACUACCUCUGGUGUAGUGACAUUAGCGAAGACCGUUUCAAGCGGGAGUAUAUACACUAUAGUUGUGCAUGCUGUUGAUGGUGGUAGCCCUGCUCUUACUGGAUCGGCGACACUUAAUGUAACUACAGCAACUGCGUCUGAUCCAGUGUUGAAUGAACUAGCUCCUUCAACUACUCAUACAGUUUCGAUCAAUGAAGACGAUGCUGUUGGAACGUCGGUAUAUGAAAUAGAUGCUUCAGAUUCAGACGGGGAUACACUUUUAUAUACAAUUAAGACACAGACACCAUCUGUAAAAUUCGCGCUGAACAACAACAUGCUUGUGAUUUCAGCCCCACUAGACUAUGACACGGAAAUGUCAUACACACUCGUGUUUGAGGUUGAUGAUGACGAUGAUAAUACGGGCAACAAAUUAACUUCCGGAACUUUGACUAUCACCGUUACAGAUGUAAAUGACCAUUACCCAACAUUCCCACAGGAAGUAUACACUGUAGAUAUCAUGGAGAAACGGACAGAAGUAGUGAACGUUGUAAAGUUAACCGCGACAGAUGCUGACUCAGACAAAUCUUCAAAUGGAGCUGUUGCUUACACUAUAGUAGAUGGCGAUUUAUUUGACCAGUUUACAAUUGAUGCCAAUAGUGGACAACUCGCUACAAAAAAUGUAGGUCUUCUAAGGAGUAAACAAAAGUAUCACGUGUUAGCAAUACAAGCGAAAGAUGCAGGAAUGCCUGUGCGUGCAGAUUCUGUUCACGUGAUAGUGAAUGUCACGCCUUUCCAAAAUGGAUCUUCGAAUCAAAAGCUGUGUGUGAUAAUGUUUGCUAUAUUGUUACUGUGUUCAUUGCAAAUCUGAUUACCAUAAGUGUCUUAGUCAUCAGUGCGUUUUCUAAAAAGCAACAACAUUUGAACCUGAUUAAUAUGCAAAUACCGUUAGCUUAUAUACAAAACAGUUUCAAAUAACGUGAAUGUAAUAUAAAUUCUUGUUAACUAUUUACCAGAAACUUCUGUUGAUGUUGCAGACAAUAUAAGGUGGGUGUAGAUUCAGUGCUGAAUUGAUUAAUCGGGUUUGUUAAAAUCAUCAAGUAUUUCAAGCAUUUGGCAAGGAUUUCAUUGAGCUACUCAACAACAUGAAUUGUUCAAUAUUCAAUUCAUUGAAUGAGACGGAUAGAAUGAAAUGUAGCAAUGCUCUGGAAACAAAACUUUUAUAUUCAACACGUUUAAUAUAUUCCGAACAUAGAUGACAUGGACUCUCUGUGACGCUAUAAAACUUGGGAAAAUAAUUUGUUUUAACUAUAGACGUUAUCAUUGUUUUUUUCGUUUCUUUAUAUGUGAAAUAUUACCAGUUUAAAGGAAUUAAUAUUAUCCUGUUUAUAUGUUUUUGUACUUUAUGAGAAUGUUUGUCUUCAAUAAGAAGAUAUGUGAUAUUUUUGUGAUAGUCUAUAUUUCUCUUCAAAUGUAUCUUACAUGUAAACACAUAUUAGAAUAUUAUUAUUUGUUUACAUUAAAACAUUUUGAGGGUAAGCUGCAAAUAGAUUGUUCACUUUAUUUAUCAUUCAUUUCAAAAAUUAAAAAUAAAAAGAUGUGGACUUUUUUAUAAUUUGAAAUUUAUAUCGAAGGAAAAAGUAAGGUGACAGGUUUUUAUGAAUAAUUAGAAAUAAAAUGAUGUGGAUUUUGUUUAUAAUUUGAAAUUCAUAUUGGAAUAAAAAAGUAAGGUGACAGCUUAUUUUUACAAUUUUAAGCCAUUUUAUAACGGACAUAUUAUUUUUCUGUUGUACAGAAAACAAACCUUAUAAUCAGCCAGUUUCAAUUCACAUAUAUGUAAUACACAUGUUCCUUUUUAUGGUGUUUUUAAAUGGAGACAUCAGAACGAUUCUUCUACUAUAUUUUAUCUGCUGUUUUAGAUUAAGAGCAUAUUAGAAUCGGAAUAAUUUAUAGCAAAACCGCGUUUUAACACUAUUUAUACCCUCGGGCGGUAAUACGUCGUACAAAUAAUUUCACUCGGGCUGCGCCCGACGUAUAACCGCCCAUAGUGCAUAAACAGUGUUAAAACGCUGUUUUGCUAUAAAUUAUUUCUUAAAUGAGUUUGUAAUUAAACUAAUUAAAACUGUUUGAUUUUUCAAUUUUCUUAAACGCAUCUUGAAGGUUAUCUGCAUCUGGCUUAAGGUUAUACCUAAAAACUAAUUCUUUGUUUCCGGUAACAUGCAAAAAAAAAUAGGGUAGGUAGGUAGGUAAAUGUUUUUUUUUUUCUUUUUUAUAUAUAUAUAUAUAUAUUUUAAGUGGUAGUUUUCGGAAAUUAUCUUUGUGUCAAAAAAUAUAUACAGAAAAGUGGGGUAUGCCUUUAGAGCAUCAGUAAGUUGAGUUCUAACAUCACUGACCAUGUUUAAAGCAUACAAAGUGCAAUUUUGCAACGUUUUGUUAAAAAGUUGAAAAAAAAAUUCUCCAAGGCCACAAAAAAUUUAAGGUCGGGCCAAAAAUUUUGGGUAGGUCAAGAUACCGGAAACAAACAAUUUGUUAGGCCUUAUAUGAAAAUAUUGUAUGUAUCUUCUUUCAAAUAAUAUUAAUCAUAUUUUCUUAUGUGUUAAAUCAUAACGAUGUAUCGACGUUGUUUUCUUAGACUGUUUUAGUAUAUAAGAAUAUGCUAUAGAAUUCAUGAUAAAUACAUGUACAAGACUUUAGGUGUAGGCUGUUCAGCCGUUUUGAUUGAAUAACGCAUUCUGGGUAACUCCAUACAGUAAGCUUUCACUCAAAGAACACUGGGGAUAAAAAAGGAGUUGACCCGAACAUACAUUUACUACAACAAAUGGUAUAUAUUGAUAUAUGCUCUAUAUGGUUAUAACAAAACAACGCAGAUACUGAAUUUUGCGAGUCUGUUUAUAGAACUUGCGUCAUCACUUUUUUGUGUUGUCACAUUAAACGAAAUGGUUA